CGUGUGGUAGCGACUGCCAUCCUGCCUUGGUCGCCCGUUUUUUUUGGAGAGAAGAAGUUGGCAAAGGGAUGUGACUGCGAUGAUGGCGCUGCAGCUGAAGAACGGGGAUGCAGCGUACUACCAGAGUGCGGAUUACUGCAGACAUUACACCUCGCCGCCUGUCAGCUACGGUGACAGCAGGCAUUACCUUGCCCGUUUACCAGGUCCAGGGACCAUGUUGAAGCCUCCUCUGAGUCUCUUCAGCCAUCCCCAGCAGCCUUUCCACCACAUGGACUCUCUGCACCAGCUGGGACCUCCGCCAAUGGCGCCUACGCAGCCUCUUGGCCCACCACCCCUUGCCCCUGCUCAGGCAAUUGGACCCCCGACAUUGGUUUCAACCCAGACUCUAGGCCCUCUUCACAUGCCUGCUACUCACACGUUAAGACAUCCUCCCGUUACUCCCCCACACAGCUUAGGACCCCCUUCGAUGGCCCCAGGUCAGCCACUGGGUCCUCCACCAAUGGCACACACCUUGGGUCCCCCACCUGUAGAUCACACACAAGCAAUAGUGCCUCUCCCCAUGGACCUCAUACAACCGUUGGGGCCUCCACCUCUGAACCCUGCACAAUCACUGGUACCCCCACCUAGAGUCGGCCGAUUCCCCCUCCCGCCCAGCCCCAUGUCCUCCCCUCCUGCUCCGGGCCCAGACCCUUCACACCUGCCCCCAAUGCUCCCAAGACCGACCCUCAUCCCAGCCCCGAUUUCCUGCCUCAUCCCCGGUCCUCUCCCGGGACAGGCAGCCCCAGCCAGUGAGCAGCCGCAGGAUGAGGGCUCUCUGCUGGGGAUGGAGGAGCAGGAAGACUCUCCGGGGUUGGGGGAACUGUGUAAACCACUGUACUGUAAACUCUGCAACGUUACCCUCAACUCUGCUCAGCAGGCACAGGCUCACUACCAGGGGAAGAACCACAGUAAAAAGCUAAGAAAUUUCUACGCUGGCAGUCAACAGCCUCCAGCCAUCAGGAUCCCAGAAGUCCUCGAGGCGACUGGCCAGACAUCUCUCUGCUCAGGAUCAAACGACAGUGACGCAGGCAGGCAGGCGCAGUAUAAGGGGGCGACCCGGGUCAUCUUGGCCACAGAGAAUGACUAUUGUAAGCUGUGUGACGCCUCCUUCAGUUCACUGGCAGUUGCACAGGCCCACUACCAGGGCAAGAACCACGCCAAGAAACUACGGCUCGCUGAGGCCCAACAGAACUCCAAUAACAUGGAGGGCAGCAAUGAGGCAGCCCCAAGAAGAAACAGGAAAGAUGGCAGUGAAUACAGACUGGUGAAAAACCGCCGCAGUCCACAGCUACCUACUUCCAUGCCAGGGCCGUACUACAACCCCAGACCGAGGCAGCGCAUCCCCAGGGACUUGGCCAUGUGUGUGACUCCCAGCGGACAGUUCUACUGCUCCAUGUGCAACUGCGGAGCCGAGCAGGAGACAGACUUCAGGCAGCACCUGGAGAGCAAGCAGCACAAGGCAAAAGUGUCAGAGUUAAGAUACCGCCAUGAGAUGGAGAACCUCGGCUACAGCUAAGAGAAACAAGAGGGGAGGGAGGGGAGAGAAAAGAAAGAGAUUACAGUGGGACAGAACAGGUGGAGAGACAAAGACCAAAGUGCAGGAAAUCAAAUACUAGCUUGUGGUUGAAGGGAAUAUUUAGUGAAGGGAUUAGCCCAAAUGGCCUCAAGAUCUUGUUGCAAUUCAUUUGAUAUACGCUUAAACAUUUAAAUCCUCAUAUUUGACAUAAUGCUCUACCAUAUGAAGCUAUAAUUGGAUUUGAUGGAUUUAUUUCAUCUGAGUAUUGCUCUUGAAAUUGAGUCUGAGUAUUGAAGCAAGCUGCAACGUGAAUACAGAGAACAGGAAUGUUUUUUUUCAGACACUGAAUCAGAUUACACUUUUGACUGAUUGCAUUCUGACUUCAGGAUACAGGUAAAUGCAAAUGAAUUGCAUGUAAAUCUUGAGCUUGUUCAGGCUACAGGGAGAGACACAGAGAGCCAACAUGGGAACCAUUAGGAAAGACUAGGACAAACAGAAGAUUCACGCGUUGAAAGAGAAUGCAAAAUGUGAAAAAUAGAGAGGAACUGGUUGAAGUAAAAGAAAAAAUGGAGGCAAACACUUGGGGUUGGAACAAGUCUCAUCCUUGGGAAAACAAUCAUCAUCACUGAGAACAAAGUUUGAGACUUGUUUCAAUUGAUGAGUGUGAAUGAGCCCCUACAGGUAUUUUUUUUACAGGCCCUACAGCAGGGACAUCAGGGCCACUUACUGUAGUGACCACUGAGCCACAAAUUCAACAUCUUUCAAACCUUGCACAGGUAAUAAAAUCCAAAGCACUAUUCGCUAAUUUCAAAAAAGACAAAGCACAGCGAACAACAUCAUCUGGUAGAAACAGUGUUAAAUGAAUCUUUUUGGUGUGUAUCAGGCUGAAGGCUACACCCUGGCUAGCCUUGUUUGUGCCUUUAGUGAGAAUUAAGCUAAAGAGUAAACUUUGGCUAGCCAUUUUGACAUAAUAGUGGAAAAUAUUCUGCAGUAUUGAUUGGGUUUUUCUAGAUUGUGUGUCAACUCUUUUCUUGUGAUAAAUCCACAUAAAUAUUGUGUAAAUAUUCUCAAACAUAAUUAUAGAUGUAAAUAUAGGAUAAUAUACAUGAAUACAAUUGAUUCUUUGGUUAAUGUUAGCCUAGCGUAUAUUGUAAAUACUCAAUCUAUUUAAUAAUUAUCAGGAAUCUUGUACAAACUGUGCACUGUCUGAAUGUCUACCCAUCAGCACUGUAUGUUUGUGUGUGGAUUUUACUCUAGGCCCUCUAUAGCGCUUCGGGCGAUGCCCUUUUUUCACUGAUAAAGUAACUCUGGUAUCAUCCGUCUAGUUAAAAGCUGCUAGUCAUUAGACUGUGCUGGAGUCUCUGAGGCUUCUUUAGAAGCCUUAAUCUUUGUCUUCACAACACACCCAAACUGGCACUGUGAUGGGAGGAAAUGUGCAAACACAAUGGGAACUCAAAGUGACGCGUGCAGCCAAAAGCAUUUAACUCCAAACUUUUAACUAGUUGGAAAAUUGCAAAUGAGCGUGUGCAGAGUUUCUGCAAGUUUCUGGUUGUAAGACAUAUCGUUUAAUUCUCACCAUCAAUCUUGAUUUCCAGAGGACACAUAACCAGGUUUUACUGCAGUGUUAAGCGGCUGCAGAGGAGUGACGUGGUUCUUGUCUGGAUUUGUCGACAGAUCUUUUUUUUUAUGUUGUUUUGUUUUUCACCUUGUAUGACCCAGGUCCAGCUGUUUGUCAGUGUUAAGCCCAUCCUGAAAAGAUCAGUUACGUAAUCCGAAUCAAAUUAGAUUUUCUGUUUCUGUUUAUUUGAUUAUCUGUUCCAGUUCAGUGCGACUGAGCUGAAUACCGUGCAGUCACAAGGCAGUUGGACUAAUACUGUCAUACUUGACUAAAUGACUAAAGAAGACAAUGACAAGGUCAUAAAAUCUAAACCUUCGUUGUUUGAAACGACUAACUCUUGUCUUUUAAAUACUUAUUUAUAGAUUGUUGUGGCUUUAAUCCUUUAAAUAGAAAAACUAAUAUUUUAUUCAUGCCUCAAAAGUCAUUUUAUGGAGCAGUUGAAAGGAUUUUCCAUCUAGAUUUUCAGAUCUCAACAUGGUUCACCUCGUAAACGCGGAUGGAGAUCUGUAGUUCAGAGGAGAAGAAAAAGCUUCCUGUCCCACUUUAAAUUUGGUUUUCCAACGUUCCCUGCAGAACAGCAGUGCACGCACACACACACACACACACACACACACGCACACACUUUUACAUAAUUGAAUCAGUCAAACGACAGUUUGGGUCACGUAAUCGGAUGUGGUAUAAAGUGAAAUAAAAGCAGCACCCUAGUUUAGUUAGGUGUGGGGAGAGGCAGCUGUUCACAUAUUUUGUUUGUCUCUAGAGCACAACCACACACCUGAUCACAGACAUGAGGAAACUCAGGAGAAAAGCACUGUGAGGACAAAGUACUGUGGUUUUUAGGGAUUUAAACACAUGAGAGAGGGUGAAAGACAAACAGAACAUAGAAAACUAAAUGCCUGGCUGUUUUAUUAGCCCACUGUGCUGUAUGGUUUCAUAAAAAAGUAACAAAGGAGCUGACGAAAGCAGAGCUGAGACUGAGUUACAGACUGUUAUUAGCAAUCCUCCUCCUAGGAAUAACACUCUUUGUCUUACAUGAAAGAACAAGUAGCAUUACCUUUUAUUAGGUUGACAGGCUCACACUCCAAUGAAGCUACUGAACACCUUGCAUGGAAUAAUAAGCUGCAAAGGAAUGGAGGAAAUGAGAUCGUAGGAAACUAUUAAGACCUCGUCACAGGUUAUGGCCUUUGUGUGGACAACCAAAGCUUGAUUUUUUCCAAGUCAGAUUGUGUCUUUGAACAAGACGGGCAACUGCCCUGGGGCCCCAAACCCACAGAGGUCCCAAAAGACCCAGGGUCACUGCAAGCCGAUUACAUUUUGUACUUUGAUACAUUUAAAAGUUGUUAGGAAUUUUGCACAGUUUCUGUACUUCUAAGGCAGGUUUUUGCAAUAUUAGUUAAUCUUGUCCUGUCCUGUUUUGUAGAGAAACCUUGCGUCAAAACUUAGUUUUUAGGCUUGUUAAGAACUAUUUUUUAGUUUAUAUUGUGCUCACAUGUUGCAUAUUCCUUCUUAGAGUCUUUUUUAAGCAAACCACCUAACCUACACAUUGAAAACAUUUUUUUUCCAUUGAAGAUUAUUUUUUGUCAUUAUUGGAAAUACAAUAUUGAAAAAGCAUACAGGAAACAAGGGAAGGUGUAUGACGACCAGCACAGGUCCCUGGUCCCAUCCUAACCUAUCCUGUCGCCAGGUGGCAUCGUUCCAGCAGAUCAGUGCUUGGUUUCUGGGCAAAUAAUGAAGCUACCAUGUAUAGUUUGCUGAUUGCACUGUGCAUAAUGGAAACUUGGAGGCAAUCGGAUACAAAACACUAUUCCCUGUAGGGUGAGAGGUGGGGGGUCAAUAUGGUCCCAAAAGUAAAUUUCUGCUCUGGCUUAACAGGCUAAUCUGACGUCCGAGGUGACAUUGUCCCAGUAUUUCAGAAAAAAACAACAAACAACUGACUAUAUAACAACUAUCACAGCAAUGGUUGUAGAUAUAAAAGAUCACUGGCCCUCCACUAUAGCAGUCGGGACAACGAAGGAGGCCACAAGAAGACUUUCAUAAGAAUAAAAUUCUGAAAAAUGUAUGGCGAUUCAAA